GUUUACCUCAGUUUAUAAACGAGUAACUUGUCGCAGUAAAACGGAACGAGAAACCAGUAUCGUUAAAGGGUGUUGAUCGAAGAUCUAAUUUUUCGAAGUUUCUGCAACCAACCAGCUACAAUGCAUUCCAAUUCAGAUAUUACAUCCAGGCAGAAUACUCGAUCUGAAAAAAUAAAAAUAAUCAUCAUGGACAAUCUUAUUAUAAUCUUUCUCAUCGCCGCCGUAAUAAUCGGAGUAGGACUUGGAAUCGGACUGAGGGAUGUUUGGACAUUCCCAGACGACGAGGACAAGCUCUUCUUCCUGGUGUUCCCCGGACAGAUACUAAUGAGCAUGCUCAAAUGUCUCAUACUUCCGCUCGUCGUGUCCAGCAUCAUCUCCGCAGUUUCGUCCAUCCCCGGAAAGGCGUCGGGUAAACUCGGAGCCGGGGCCAUCAUCUACUAUAUGACCACGACACUAAUCGCCGUCAUCAUCGGAAUCGUCUUGGUCGUGUCUAUCCAGCCUGGCUACAAAGGCGGGAAAUCCAUCACGAAAUCCGGGACAGCCAAAGACGUGAAGCCUAUUUAUGCUCUCUUUGAUCUGAUCAGGUAGGUACGAGACACACGGAAACAACAGUCCAUGCCACGACAUCUGCUAUGCUAGCCGUACAGCUCUGGUAUUAUUCCAUUUUAAUUUGUGUUUGUUUCGUACGAUUUAUAGGAGAAGAUGCAUAUGAAUAUAUGUGCUCAAUGUGCUCAGACACAUUAUUGACAAUUUUCAGAUUUUUGUGUAUGGACCCCCAAGUACCAUUUAAUGACUGACUGUCACACAUAUCAUUUUUUAUUGAAAAUCUUCUGUUACAUAUUCUGACAAAUGGUGCCUCAAUUAAAUUCAAUGUCUCA